AUGGGUGACAAGAAAGUAAAGUUAUCAAAUCCGCACUUGAAAGAAAUUGAUUCUGAUAAACUAUAUCAUAUUGGUUUUGCGUCUUCUGAUAAUUUGAAAGAAGACUUUGGAGAUGUCAAGUUCGUAUGCCUGGGUGGUAGCAGUGGCAGAAUGAAGAGGUUUAGUCAAAUGCUAUGCGAAGAACUAAAAGUGAAAUUCAAUUCAAAUAUUUCUAUAGAAGACUUUACCAAAAGCGAUCGAUUUUCCAUGUAUAAAGUUGGCCCCAUCAUUUGUGCAAGUCAUGGUAUGGGGGUUCCUUCCGCUUCGAUAUUAGUUUGCGAAAUGAUUAAAAUGUUACAUUACGCUGAUGUAACAGAUGUUACAAUUUUUCGCGUAGGCACAUCUGGUGGUUUAGGAAUCGAUGCUGGCACCGUUGUAGUUACUAGGCGCGCUUUAGAUCACAAAUUUGAGCCUUUUUAUGAAAUACCCAUUUUGGGAAAAACCCAAAGAUUUCCAACGGGCACCGAUGAUGAACUUGCAAAGGAGUUACAAGAUCUUUGUGGGGAUGAUAUACCCGUACGAUAUGGAGAUACAAUGUGUGCCAAUGAUUUCUAUGAAGCUCAAGCUCGAUUAGAUGGUCCGUUUUGUGGGUACACAUCUGAAGAAAAAAUGCAGUACUUACAUGAUGCUCAUAAAGCUGGAGUUUUGAACGUGGAAAUGGAGUGUACUGGUUUUACGUCUUUAUGUCGCCGAGCUGGCAUCCGUGUUGCAAUUGUCUGUGUUGCGCUUUUGAACCGUCUCAAUGGCGAUCAAGUAUCCAAAGGAGAAAUGUAUCAUGUUUACGAAAGACGACCUUUGGUGCUAGUUUCGAGAUAUAUAUGUAAAAAGUUGAAAGAUUCACAUUACUCGAAAUAA